CUGUCCUGCUGCUGGUGUCGGAGAGCUAAAGGUACAUAGAGGUUAAAACCCUCCAAAGAGCCGCGAGCCGCUCCACCAUGCACGCACUCUGACCCGCAUCACGGAUGGGACUCCACUCAGACCGGACCUACGGAGAUAUCCCGCACGUUUCACGGUUUCACGCGCAAAGUGUUUGGCUCAGUGAAGAUCCGCCGAGGAGACUGAUGUUUUUGGAGACUUUUUUUCUUUAAUGGCCCGAGCUAGACAGGCUGCUGCUACCUUUAUGGGACGGUGAAGGCGUCUCUGUUUUUCUUUUUAUGUUUUAUUCCAACAUCCAGACUCCUGCAGCUCCAGCGGAGGAAGAGAUUUCUUCACCGGGUUGUUUUGGUUUCCGAGGGGGGGAAGGCGAAGUGUUUUUGGGGUUUGAUUUUCUCCUGUGGUGUCUGUGUGGAGCGUGCCACACACCCACUCCACAACAACGACGGCUUUUGCUUGCAUCUUCCAGUGUUUCUUCUGUCAGCAAGUCCAGCAGAGCUGCAACUCUUCCAGUGCCAGCCCUGACACCAGCGAGGAGCCCUGCCCCACUGACAUGGUGAAGAUGACCAAGUCAAAGACCUUCCAGGCUUACCUGCCGAGCUGCCACCGCACCUACAGCUGCAUCCACUGCCGGGCGCACCUGGCCAACCACGACGAGCUCAUCUCAAAGUCAUUUCAAGGCAGUCAAGGAAGAGCCUACCUGUUUAAUUCAGUGGUGAAUGUCGGCUGCGGGCCAGCUGAGGAGCGGGUACUCCUCACGGGUUUACAUGCUGUGGCUGAUAUCUACUGUGAAAACUGUAAAACCACCCUGGGUUGGAAAUAUGAACACGCAUUUGAGAGCAGUCAAAAGUACAAAGAGGGAAAGUUCAUCAUCGAGCUGGCUCACAUGAUCAAGGACAACGGAUGGGAGUGACGCUCCUUUUUUUUCUUUCUCUGACCUUGGAAUGCUCUUUAUUGAACUGCGAGGAGCGACAACCAUCGACCACCCUGACCCCUCCUCCCCAGAACCCCCUCUACAAAAAAAACUAAAAAAACCUCCACAACCCGCUCGCCUCCUUCACGUGCACACACACACACACACACACAAACACACACACACACACACACACCCGCUCAUCGUGAAACUGAACAGAACAAAUGACUUUAAAAAAAAAAAAAACGAGGAAGUGGAGCAACUGUUGAAAAAUCACUUCACAGGAGUCGUUAAAGAUUGUGUGUUCUCCUUCGCAGCGCCGGACCUUUUCAGGUUUGAUCCACCCGCUCACUCUCACCCCUUUCCCCCACCGAACCACGCUUACAAGUGAUUGUGGUGAUAAUGGCGACCACUAUGCGAACAGAGAUAGACUUCACCGAGGGGACAUUUUCUUUAUUUGGCCCGCCGAGCGAGAUGGACGAUGAUUAUUUUAAUGUUAUUUGCUCUAGUUUUUAACUUCUGGUUUGGUAAGGUUUUUUGGUUUGAUGGCAGAUGGAUGUUACUGGUUAGCAUUUUAUUUCCUUGUCAAGUCUGUCAUCUUUGUUUUAGUUGUUUUUAUUUUUAUUUUUCGGCCUGUUGUAUCUCUGCCUAUAGCUGAGCAUGCUUUUCUUUGCUAAUGUCCAAAUGAGCAAUCAGGGACGGGUGAGGAACGGAGGGGAAAGGGAGUUUAUUGUAGUUACAAAUAUGUAGCAGCAUCUUGCUUUUUUUUUUUUUUUUUUUUAAGUGGCAAAGGAUGGGAUUGCAGUAGUGUGGGAUUUUAUUCCUAUUUUUUUCCUAGUUUUUAUCUUUUAUUUCUUUCUUAUGAAUAUUUUUAAUAUCCCCCCCCUUUCUGGUACUUUUCAGCACCCAAAAUACAUUAGAAGCAGCACCUAUUUGUUGGGCAUAAAUGGUUAUAUAUAUACAUUUUAUUAUAUAUAUAUAUAUACAUAUAAAUAUAUACAUAUAUAGAUAUAUAAAUAUUUGUAGUGUUUGGAUAAGUGCGAUUGUGGCUGGUCCCAUUUUGCAGCAGUACCAUGAUAUAAAAAGGAGCAGAAAUACUUCUAGACCGGAGAACCUGACAUCAGUGGCCACAUGUCAUAAAGCAUCAGGGCAGACUGUAUUAUUCCAUUGUCUAGUAAUGAAACAAUAAGAGACACAUAUGAAUAUAUAUACACACAUGAUGACAUAUCCAUAAAUACUAUGAAAAUCUUCGUAGUACGUAGAUAUUGGAACAUGGAUUCUGAAUUUAUAUUUGCCGUCAUGCACAUAUGUAUAUAUGCAUAUGACCGUGUGUAUAUAUGCAUUGUGUGUGUGUGUGAGUGUGUGUGGUCACGCAUUACACAGUGACAUACUUGAACGAUGCUACUUCGUUUGCACUUUGCAGAGGCCUUUGGUUCAUCGCAGUUUAGAGGCAAACGUUCAACUCUUAGUUUUUGUUUUUUUAAAAUGGCCUUCUCACAGACAGAUUGUUGCGGACGGAAAGAAAGUUUGACCUGGACGGUUGGAGGGGUUUUCGUCGUUUCUCUUAAGAUGCUUCUUAAUCAUUUGAAUUAACCCUUGAAACUGAUUAAAUUAACUCCUGAAACCUGGAGCAACAUCAAUUUUCUUGUGCCCUGUGCACACACUUUACCAAGUAUUUAAACAUUCGAAUUCUGAGGAAAAUAUCUUGAUUUCUUUUAAAAAUAUGAGAAAAAAGGCAAUGAGCAACUUGGCGAGAAGUCACCUACAAAUUACAAGCAACUGUUUUUAGAAAAGCUAGGGGAAUGUGUCCAGUAAACUAUAUUUAUAAUUAUCUUAGUUAUGUAU